AAGUAGACAGCGCGGCACACCAUGGCUCACUCCAACAUCACCCCAGAAGAGCUGGAGUCACUUAAACGCCCCCCGCUCGUAUGGGUGGACGGGAUGCCAACCAUCGGCCCCUUUGCAGCCAACUGGGACAACGUUGUGAAAUUCCAGGCCCGAGAGGAGGAUCUGCUGAUAGCCACCUACCCAAAAUCCGGGACAACAUGGGUGAGCAAGAUAGUAGAUCUCAUCAUGAAUGGGGGAGACAUGGAGAAGAGCCAGAGAGGAGCCAUAUUUGAGCUUGUGCCUUUCCUGGAGAGCGCAGCACCCGGAAUUACCUCAGGAACUGAGCAACUGGAGAAAAUGGACUCCCCGCGUGUGAUUAAGACCCACCUUCAGGCGGACGUUCUUCCCAAGAGCUUCUGGGAAAAGAACUGCAAGAUGAUCUACGUGGCUAGGAAUGCAAAGGACGUGGCGGUAUCCUACUAUCACUUCUACAGAAUGGCCUAUGGACACCCAGAGUCAGGGACGUGGGAUGAAUAUCUGAACACCUACAUGGAGGGCAAUGUUGCCUUUGGGUCGUGGGCCAAACAUGUGAAGGGCUGGUGGGAGACGAGGAAAAAACACAAGCUCCUGUACUUGCUCUACGAGGACAUGUUGGAGGACCCGAGACGCGAGAUCCGAAAGGUGAUGAAGUUCAUGGAUAAGGAACUUCCUGAAGAGAUCGUGGAAAAAAUACACACGAACACCUCCUUCCAGGCCAUGAAGGACAACCCCAUGGCCAACUAUAGUACCUUCCCGUACAUGGAUCACUCAGUAUCCCCGUUCAUGAGGAAAGGGAUUCGUGGCGAUUGGAAGAACCAGUUCACUGUCGCCCAGAACGAGAGAUUUGAUGAAUAUUACCGGAGGGAAAUGUCUGACACGGAUCUCACCUUCCGCAUGUAACAAGGACGCGGCUGGAGCUCCAAACCA